AUCGGUUCGGUCAGUCCUCGGUUGACGUACGGUCGGUUCGGUUCGAAUUUGAUUGCAGGUGCAAUCCGCGGUCCGCGGUGUCAAAGUGGUUUCUGAGGUGUUUUUUUCAUUUGGAUGAGAAGAUUGUGGGACAUCAAUUUUGGGCUGCUGGAGAAACUCAUAUUAAUUGGUGAAAGAGUCCAAUUGAUUUCAGUUAUUGGGGGGAUUGUUGUGAAAAUUCCUUCAGGAAGGAUACCAUUCGGAGUGGGUGUUUUCCUGCGCCAAAACAAACUCGGGUCAGACUGCAGACGCAACGAUUGAAGUGUUCGGAGGAAGUGAGACAAUGCUUGAGCCUUCUCGGAAUGGAUCAAUUUGUCUGUGACAUUUUGUGGAAAUUAGGGCUGGAAAAUCUUCCCUAGGUAUGAGAUAUUGCUCUUCAAACCAUAAGAGCAUCCUCACGAUACAAGAAAAGGGAGGAAGUGGUGUUGUAGGCAGAAAAUCGAUUAGAAAUAUUUCGGUCGAAUAGUUGCGUGAGUGUGAGUAUGUGCGUAUAGAAGACGAAGGGUGAGCAGCCAAAACAGCGGGCAAUUUGUAGACCACAGAUUUCCAAUCAAUACCGGAGUGCAUCUCCAAAGUGGAGAACCCAGAUUUGGCGAAAAAAUUGUGUCCAGACAAGUGGGGUGGGAACAUUUGUUGAGGUUCGAUAAAUCUGCAAAUGCUGCUGCAGUAGAACAGUGAAUUACAGAGUGAGUCGCGAGUAAAUUGCCACCCCUGCGCCUAGUGAGAAAGAGCCGGGGUUGCGAAGCAGAAAAGAUAAAGAGAGAGGAUAGUGAAGAUUCUGAACCGGUGCCAGUGCUAACAAUCCUGCAUAGUGAACAGUGAAGUAUCCAGUUGAAUGCUAUCAUCCAUACGAGACCGUCAAUUGUAGUUCAAGAAAAAUAGUUCAUCGACUAAUGUGUAAUUAAGUGUUUAAGAAAUAGUCCAUUUCUUCAGCGUUGAUUUCGCACGGAAUUUCCAUCCCCCGCCGCCACGACACUCCAUUUUAACGUACAUCCCUUUGAUCGCGGAAGGAGCCAGUCGCAUGUGACAAAUUGCUUGUUCGUGUGUUUGCUUGGUAGGAUUAUUUAUACGCUUGUGGUCCGGUGCAAGUUGUAUAUGAAAAAAAUAAGUGGAAGGUGGAAAAAUUAUAACCACUAAAAGCGUGCGUUCGGGGUUCCGAAGAAGAUUGGAUUAUAUUGGUGGAGAAACCCCGCGUAUUGUUCGGCCGGAGAAGACCAAGAAGUGCAUAAUCUCGCCUAUUAGCUAUUAGGUGAGUCGUCGACUCGAGUUGGAGGAUUAGCGGGAAAGUCCAGUGGACAGGUGGACAGAAAAAAGGCCGUGUGGUGGACGUGAAUUUGCUGCCACGGCGAAAAAGGAUCGAAUUAGUCAAUGAGAAGGUCGUUUAUUCGGGCAGAUUGAGAUGGAUUUCCGCUAAUGGAACCGGAUAGGUGCGUCGUUCGUCGAACCACUAAUAGCAGCAGUACGAAGCUCCGGAACGGUUUGUGAUGCGGCGGUGAUGGCAGAAGUGACGGACGGAACAAUGGCAACGUGUAGUCGACGACGAUGUCAGUGAUGUUCUACCAGUGAAAUUGAAUUACGUUGAGUUAUCGCUUUUGACGGUGGGUUUUUCGGUGGGCCGUAGACAUGUGAAUGGAAAGAGGUCCUGUGCGUACGCGUGUGUAUGAUUUUGUUUCCGCGAAUUAAUCCCUCAGAAGAAGACCAGUAGACGGGAGCUCGGAGCAAUCCUUUGAAGAUUAAAGGGUAUUAGUAGUGACGUCCAUCGACCCAGUAGUGAAACUAGAAAGCGAGACUUCCUGAACAGACAGCAGACAUCGGGAACCAUGGUGGAAUCGGCCAGCAUGAACCGGACAAGUCCGGCGGGCUCUUCGUCGAUAGUGGCUGCCGGUGUCCGCAGUGGAAUCCUGGAAACACGUGUCCGCGGCGCUUGGUAUCGAGUAUCGGUUACACUGGAAACGGACUACAUCUCGGUCAGCUUGGAUGAAACGUGCGAACCGGUGGAUCACAGCACCACGCUCAAUGGGACGCUAGGGAGCAACCACAGUGGCAACAAUGGGUCCAACAAUUCGUCGCAGCCAUCGUCGGCGGGUGCAUCCGGGCCAUCGAUCCACUCGUCGGAGAAUCUGAGCAACGGCGGGGGCCAAAACGGUGUGACGACUCCAGCCGGAAGCAGCACUCUCAACGGCGGAGGCAGUCUGAAUGGGGACAAUUUCCUCAACAAUAACAGCACCAACAACGGCAACAGCAACGGAAUCGUCAACGGGAACAGUAAUGGACUAAGUGGGGGCAUUGGGGUUGGGGUUGGAGGCGGAGGCAAUAUCCUGAACAACAACGGUAGUGGGGGAGCGGGCAGUGCAGGAAGUGGAAGCAACAACAACAGCAUCGACAAUGGAAUCGCCGAAAUUUGCGACGUACCUGAUUCGGUGGCGAACCAGAAACGACAUGUCCGCGUCAUCAAGUCCGACAACAACGGGCUGGGCAUCUCGAUCAAGGGUGGCCGCGAAAACCGAAUGCCCAUCCUGAUAUCGAAAAUCUUCCGUGGCAUGGCAGCAGACAGCGCCAAGGGGCUUUACGUGGGCGAUGCGAUUCUUUCGGUGAACGGAGAAGACCUGCGGGAUGCCACCCACGAGGAGGCGGUACGGUCCCUGAAACGAGCCGGUCGGGUCGUGGAUCUAGAAGUAAAAUUCCUGCGAGAGGUGACCCCGUACUUCCGGAAGGCGAGCAUCAUCUCCGAGGUGGGUUGGGAACUGCAGCGGGCAUUCCUGUGUCCGCUCGGUCCCGGUGCUUCCUCCCCGCCAGCCGCUGCCCCCCGGAGUCCACCUCGGGCCGACACGCGCUACAUUCCCCUGCAGUUGACCCACCUGGCACGGAAUCUGAAAUACCACGACGCCGAGAAUCGCUGCAUAGAGCUGCACUCGCCCGAUGGCAUUCACUCGUGUAUCCUGCGCGCCGUCGAUCCUCAGGAAGCGACCACCUGGUUCAACGCGCUCCACUCGGCCAUCGGCAAGAGCACCCAGAAAGCGCUCCUGGACGCGAACCGGGCCCUGGCGUCAAUUAUCGGGGAGCUGAAGUUCAUCGGAUGGCUCAGCCGGAGGUGCGGCGGUGAACAGAACGGACGCUCCAGCUCGGAAAGCUCAGACGAAUUAGAUAAAUGGCAAUCAAUUUUCGUAGCCGUCACCGAUCGUGAAUUUCGACUGUACGAAAGCGCCCCCUGGUCGGUGGAGGCGUGGAGUCGACCCUUUGAGUGCAGUCCACUGGUGACGACGCGGUUGGCCGGUGCUGGCAACACUUCCACCGUAGGAUCCAACUCGAGUGCCCAGUCCAGUGUGUUUUGCGUCCGAUGCGGAACCACGCGUGGAGUCGUCAGCCAUUGGCUGCGUUCGGAGACCAACCGGGACAUGGCUGCGUGGGCUCGGGUGCUGGUGCAAGGAUGCCACAACGCCAUCAUAUGUCAGCGGGAGUUUUCGUUUCGGUGCUUGUACCAGGGCCGUCCGUGUCAGCUAAUCGUCCACCUGGAUCGGGGCUUCACCCUGCUGGAUUCUGCCCUCGGAAGCACCGGCUCCAAACCGCUCUGGUCGUUCCCGUUCGAUCGGAUGAAAGGAUGA